UCGCCCACAACGCGCAUGCACGGGACAGCGGGGCCCCCUCCCUUCCUACCCCGGAAGUCUUUCUGCGUUUCCUCGCCUCGGAUUGGCUGCACUGCUCGGCCAGUAGGCUCUGCCGUUGUUGGUGAGUGGGCGCUGGGGGCCGAAGGCAAGAUGAGCAGGGCUAAAGCUGAGCUGUGGAGAAACCGGUUUGCCAUUAUGUACGCGCUGAGCUCAUGGAGUCUGUUGGGCUACGUCUUCUACUACUACCGCAUCGGCGACGACGACUCGCUCCAGAGGAAGUCUAACAUGGGUGGAGAACAAAUAAGUUCCAUUGGACGGGGGAUCUGUGUGUUGCUGGGUAUUUCUUUGGAGGACACUCAGAGAGAGCUGGAACACAUGGUUCGAAAGAUCUUGAACUUGCGUGUGUUUGAAGAUGAAAGUGGGAAACACUGGUCUAAGAGUGUAAUGGACAAGCAGUACGAGGUGCUGUGUGUCAGCCAGUUCACUCUUCAGUGUAUCUUGAAAGGCAACAAGCCAGACUAUCACAUGGCUAUGCCGUCAGAACAAUCAGAGCCAUUUUACAACAACUUCCUAGAACAGCUUAGGAAAGCCUACAAGCCAGAGCUUAUUAAAGGUGGCAAGUUUGGAGCAUACAUGCAAGUGCAUAUCCAGAAUGACGGCCCCGUGACUAUUGAACUGGAGUCCCCUGCAGCCACUGUAGAUCCAAAGCAGCAGCUGGUGCCCAUCAAGUCAAUGGCUGCCUCUCAUAAGCAGCAGGUGUUCUGCGGAAUAUCAGGGAAUCAAAACUUUGAAGAUCCCCUCGCUUCAUCCCAGGAUAAAAACCACAGACCUCCACAAGCAGCGAGACUAACCUUUCCAGAGGCCGAGAUGCAACUGGCCUCAUUAAACAGGCUGCUGGAUCUUGUACACUGCUUGAGGACUACUGUACACUCUCAUUUGUAAGGGCUUUUGAGAGCCUAAUAACCAUGCUACUGUUGUAAAGCUAGUGAAACCCUUUAGAAAGUUCAUUUACAAGAAAAGUAGUGCUAGAAAUAAUAAUGUCUGUCAUUAAGGUAGAUGGUAGAGAGACUAUUAAGAAGUACACUUUACUAUUUCCCAAUGUUUUUAACACCAUGUUGGGCAAUACUUCUCAGUAAAUUUCAUCCAGCUUUUAAACCCCAGUCUCCUUGACAAUUAUUUUCUGACUUUGGUUUAAAAUUGCUCAGAUACAGCUUGAUGAUACCGACAUUCUUAGGAGAAAGACUAGCCUUUCUAAAGAAAAAAAAGGCAGAAAGAUGCGUGAGGAAUGAAGGGACAGAUCUGGUCUUCUAUCAGUGCAUCCCAUAAUUCCAAUUAACAUAAAUUAAUUGCCUUUUAUAAAAAAUAAAGCAGCACUCUGCAUUUGUGUCCUGUAAAUUAACUCAGAUGAGGCUAUUGCUAAGUUACCAGAAAAAAUAUUUAAAUUACUUUAUUAUAUUAACCCAAAUAAUGUCUCAGAACAUUUUAAGUCGUCUUUUUUUUUUGCCUGACAGAAAAGCUGCAAUUAAAGAACAGUUGAAGCCAUGUCUCUAUCUGUGGACAUAUGGCUGUUGAGUCAUGAGGGUAUUAGCAAAUCAGAUUGUAAGGUUUUGCAUACGCUAGUUGCUGAAAACUACAGAAAGAUUAGGAGUCAAUAACUGUAGAAGGUCCUGGUUUUUUAGACUAGCUCAGACUGUAAUUAACAUCAGUGACUUCUGUCUGAGUCAUGAGAAGCAAAGAUGCCUGAGUGUUCAGUUGGUUUUUAGUGAUUCUUUUUCAGAGUAUAAGUGAAAAGCUUUUAGUUCAAUAACUGGAAUUGUUUCCUGGAAAAUAAAAUUGGAUUCUCUCCCUACCCAAAGCAAAAGAAAGCCGAGCAAAAUCCCUGGUGGAAAAAACCGCUCUGGAAAGUGACUUUGCAAACAA